UGAGAUCACGUGCUAGAUCAAAAUGGCGGAGUAUCUUCCAGAUCCUUUGAUUCUCGAUAUCCUGAGUCGACUCACCGAUUCCUCCGACAUAGCUCGGUGUCAAGUCGCCUCCAAAACCUUAAACUCUAUCGCUCAAAAUGUUCAACACAUUAAUCUGGUAUGUACGUUGUCUCGCUACCUAAAAUCUCGGUCACCGGAGGGCAGACACCGAGUCACACCGUUCAAGACGAUCUUUAGCAAACUCGUCCAGAAGUCGCGGCGGCUCGAGUCCAUAUCCAUCGGCGUGGACAAGGCGUUGGCGGGAAUCGCGUUCGACGACUUUGAGGACGAGUCUGAUGAUCUUUUCUUGACCGAUAUCGAAUUUGUGAAGGAUUGGUUGCCUAGGGUUUGUGAAGACUUGAGGUUUUUGUCUAUUUCUGACUUUUGGGUUCAAUCUUGUUGGAGAAAGACGGAGGUUUUGGCUUUGAUUUCUUCCUGCUGCCAUAAGCUUCUUGAACUUGAGGUGAGAAAUGCUUGGCUCUCAGUGGAUGGCGUAAAUCCAAUGCUCAGGCUAACUAGUUUAACAUUGGAAUUUAUAAGACUUGAAGAUGAGGACCUAAACAAGGUUAAUGAAUGUUUCCCUUGUCUACAAGAUCUCAAUUUGGUUGGAGUUGGAGGACUUAAAGACCCAAAGAUUCAUAUGUUGCACCUUAAAACAUGUCUAUGGACGGUAUCAAAUGCCCCCCUUUCUCUGUCUAUAGUUGCACCCAACCUAAUUGAACUGAAACUUAAAUGUAUAAAACCAAAACUCCUUGUUCUUGAAACUCCUUUGUUGUCUGAUUUCUAUCUAUCACUUGAAAAAGCGAGUAAUGUUAGAGUUAAAGAGUUUCAGAAUUUGCAGAACCUUCAGCUGGAAUCUUCGAGCUUCUGUUACAUCAUCGAUGCAUUUCCUUUGGGUAAUACAAUUAAGAAGUUAAAGGUGGACUUGUUGAAAUCGACUGAGCCUGAGACAAUCAGAAAGUUUGACCUGGGGGCAUUGUUCAAUGUCUUUCCAAAUGUGAAAUCUCUUACUUUGGGCCCUAGGGCUUGGUCACAAGUGGAGACCUGCUUUUGCAAAGAAGGUUUAGAAAAUCAGACUGGAAUGAAGGAGCUGACAGAAAUUAUGGCACACUUGGUUAUAGAUGAUAUUGAUGUAACAUUGUCUAUCAUAUUCUGCAUUUUGGAUAAAUGCACCAAUUUGUCUUCCGUGGCUUUGUUAAUCUACCGGGAAGUAGAUUCCAGCAUCGCUAAUAAGCUCAUAUCUAGAUGUACAGUUGAUCAUCCAAAAAUUAGAUGGAGAUGGGGCAUGUGGAAGGAAGGAACAGAAGACACCUGGCUUUCUGAUGACAUCUGAUUUUGCAACUCAAUUCUCUGAGAAGAAAAUGAAUGGGGCUUCUUCUGUUAGAGCUGCAUUAUAGGAGUUUGGGAAGAAUUGAAUGGUGUAGUGUUCUGCAAGCCUGAAUAUUUGUUGUGCAUUACAAUUGGUUGAAUUACAGUUUACCCGGUUAGUGCGUUCUGCCUCUAAAAGAGCCGUGUGAAUGAAUCAACUGUAUGCCUCAUUUUCAUUUGUUUGCAGUUUUUGCAGGGGGGAGGGAAAGAAGAUCGUGCUGGAUUUGAGCUGAGUCGAGUUUAAGUUUGAGUUUGCUCGAAUUUAGCUCGGCUCUAAAGAGUUAAAACUCAAGCUCAAUACGAAGAGUCAAGCUCUUGUUCGAUUCAUUACUUUAGUAAAAUUAAAUUUAAACUAAGUUAUGUUUUCUAAUAACAUGGAAAGGAGUUGAUAUUUGAUAAGAAAUGAAUUGAGAAAGACUAUUUAUAAUAGGUUUGUUGAGUAGUACAUAUUACUUUCAUCUGUGUGGGACAGUAGAAUUGGGUUUAGUGUAUAUUUAUAGGGGUUGGAGUGAAUAAUUGAAUAUGUGCCUUUUCAAUGUGGGCAACAGAGAUUUGAAAAAGUCUCAUAUUGGAAAGACAUAUUCAAAUGCAUACUCUACCCAUUAUAAGUACAGGCUCAAAAUAUUCUAUUGUUCCACCUGUGAUAUGAAGUAAUGAACCCAUUCAUUAUAGUCUUCUUCAUUUCAUUUUUCUUAGCAAAUAAACUUUUAUACAUGUUUUUUAUUAGAAAACAUAAAUUAAAAACAAUUUCUUAUAAUUAAAAAAUGGAAACUUUUCUCAAACUCAUGAGAAGCUUGAAUAUUUUUAAAACCAUAGAUUGAGCUGGGGUUUGAGCUAAAGCCAUAGCAACUCAUUCUAGGCUUGAUCUGUUGAGCUUGCCCGAAUCCAGCCCUAAGGGUAAAAAGGAAUCAAAGGUUGAGAUAUUAAUUUUUUUGGUCACAUUUUUAGUCGUCAAUAAAUAUCUAGUCACCAUUUUCUUCAACAUAUAUUUUUAGUCAUAUUUAUGUUUGAUUUCUUUUUAAAUAUGAAAGUUAUUUGGUUGGAUGUUUGAUCGGCUAGUCAAUGACUUUUUGCCAAAAAAAAAAAGCAAAAAAUGUGAUUGGUUGGCUGACUAAGGAUCUGGCCAACAACUUUCUUAGCAAAAAAUGGUUGAUUGGUUGGCUAAGUAUUCAAUCAAACAACUUUCAUUUUUAAAGGGAAGUCAAACAUAAAUGUGGGUAUAAAUAUAUAUUAAAUAAAAUAAUUACUGGAUAUAUAUAAACGGUUGAAAAUGUGGUUAAAAUAACAAAUGACCCUCUAAAAGGGUCUUGAAUUUCUGAACUUGUAUAUUGUUAUGGAUUCUUAGUUGUUACCUUUCAUGUAUGUAGUCUCACAGCUUUUUUUUUUAACUUAAAAAAGAGAACAAUAAUUUUUACACAUCAAGUAAUUAUAUUGCUUACAUUUGCCGA